AUGGAUUCCUGUUGUGCCGCCACUCCCAUUAAAGCUAAGGUGCUGCCAGCUCCAAUCAAUGGGGGCUUAAGAAAGUGCGACACUGGCUUUUGGGGAGAGAGAAUUAGGGUGGGAUUAAACGACGUCGCUUUUGGAGCCAGGCUCGCGAAGAAGCUCAGCGGAAUAAGAGUAAGAAAUACGAAGCCGGGAGUUGCUUUCUCUGUCCAUACGCGUGAUAUAAACAGAGAAAUGGCAGCGUGUGAAUCUUCAUAUCAAGAAGAGAGCCCAAAGGCCGACCCAUCGACUGUGGCCUCAAUAAUUCUGGGCGGAGGCGCCGGCACUCGUCUCUUCCCUCUUACUAGCAAAAGAGCCAAACCAGCUGUUCCAAUUGGUGGUUGCUAUAGGCUAAUUGAUGUGCCUAUGAGCAACUGCAUCAAUAGUGGGAUUAGAAAGAUUUUCAUAUUAACUCAGUUUAAUUCUUUCUCCCUCAAUCGACACCUUGCUCGGACUUAUAAUUUCGGAAAUGGUGUGAGCUUCGGAGAUGGUUUUGUGGAGGUUCUAGCUGCCACUCAGACAUCGGGGGAAGCAGGAAAAAGAUGGUUUCAAGGGACAGCCGAUGCUGUUCGGCAAUUUAUAUGGGUUUUUGAGGAUGCAAAAAAUAAAAAUGUCGAGCAUAUAUUAAUUUUGUCGGGCGACCAUCUUUAUCGAAUGGACUACAUGGACUUUGUCCAGAAACAUCUUGAUACAAAUGCAGAUAUUACUGUUUCUUGUGUGCCCAUGGAUGAUAGUCGAGCCUCAGAUUAUGGGCUAAUGAAAAUUGACGAAACUGGCCGAAUCAUUCAUUUCUCAGAGAAACCAAAGGGUUCUGCUCUAAAGUCUAUGCAAGUCGAUACCUCUCUUCUGGGACUUUCUAAUGAAGAAGCUGCACAAUUUCCUUACAUUGCAUCAAUGGGAGUGUACGUAUUUAGGACAGAUGUUCUAUUAAAACUUCUGAAGUCGACUUAUCCCUCAUGCAAUGACUUCGGAUCCGAGAUUAUUCCUUCAGCUGUGAAGGAUCAUAAUGUUCAGGCGCAUUUGUUUACAAACUACUGGGAAGAUAUAGGAACCAUAAGGUCAUUUUUUGAUGCCAAUUUGGCCCUUACUGAUCAGCCAGCUAAAUUUGAUUUUAAUGAUCCAAAAACACCUUUCUACACGUCUCCAAGAUUCUUGCCGCCUACUAAAGUCGAAAAAUGCAGGAUAGUGAAUGCAAUAGUUUCACACGGUUGCUUCUUGCGAGAAUGUAGCGUCGAGCACUCUAUUGUAGGUGUAAGAUCACGAUUGGACUUUAAUGUGGAGCUUAAGGAUACUCUUAUGAUGGGUGCUGAUAAUUAUCAAACAGAAUCUGAAAUUGCAGCUGCUUUGGCAGAAGGAAAAGUUCCCAUUGGUGUUGGUCAAAAUACCAAAAUCAGAAAUUGUAUAAUAGACAAGAAUGCAAAGAUCGGAAAAGAUGUGAUCAUCGCAAACAAAGAUUGCGUCGAGGAAGCUGACAGAGCUGAAGAGGGAUUUUACAUUCGAGAUGGGAUCACAGUCAUACUAAAGAACUCCACCAUUAAAGAUGGAACUAUCAUAUGA